AUGAAGGGAGAUGCUCCAGUGGUGCUUGGCGAGCCAAAGGGCUAUACCGCGCAGAAAGCUGGUGUGAAACGAGGGAUUGCCAUUCUAGACUUCAUCUUGAGGCUUGUUGGCUUCAUCGGUACCUUGAGUAGUGCAAUUAUGAUGGCGACCACAAACGAAACUCUUCCCUUCUUCACUCAGUUCAUUCGUUUCAGGGCCGAGUACAAUGACCUUCCAACAUUCACGUUCUUUGUGGUAGCCAACGCUGCCGUGAGCGCCUAUUUUCUAUUAUCGCUUCCACUUUCAAUCUUCAACAUCCUGAGGAGCUCUGCAAAGAACAGUAGAAUCAUCCUUAUCAUAUUUGAUACGGGGAUGCUGGCUUUACUGACAGCAGGGUCUUCAGCUGGGGCAGCCAUUGUGUACUUGGCACACCGAGGGAAUACAAAGGCAAACUGGCUAGCCAUCUGCCAACAGUUCAACUCCUUCUGCGAGCGCAUCUCGGGAUCCUUGAUAGGAUCUUAUGUUGGAGUCACCGUGUUCAUAGUCCUGAUACUGCUGUCCGCUUCAGCCCUUGCUCGCCGCUAA